CUGCACCACUCACUAGCCUACGUAUAAAGCUCGCUGGUGUUGUGCGCAUCGUUCUCACCCACCAAGCAUCAAUCCCGCAUCACCCGCAUCCACCGCAUUUUCACGCAUCGAGUAAAGCAUCUUUAAUACAAUGGUCGCCAAGAACCACGGACAGCAGGAGGUCGAGGCACCCACCUCGCAGCUCCAGGCCAUCUUCUGGACGGGCCGCCAGCGCUUCAUCUUCUCCUACUACGUCUUCUACGGCAUCCUCGACGUCGCGCUCCUCGGCCUCGUGUCGUGGAACCUGCACAAGCACGGCAACACGUGGACAAACUACCCCGACGGCAUGUACUACCACGCUCUCGGCCUCGGACUGUUCACGACCAUCUUCACGCUGCUGUUCACCAUCUUCCACUGGGCGCUCGGCCACCUCCUCCUCACGCUCACCUUCUUCGCGUCGGGCGUCUUCUUCGGCACCGUGGCCGGUAUCCUCACCUCGACACCCUUUGGCCACGGCCUCCAGUGCAAGAACCCCGUUGAGUCGUUCCCUCCCAAGUACCAGCCCUUCUACCACGACUGCCGCAAGGUGACCGCCACCGUCGGCCUCGCGUGGGCCCUCUUCGCCCUCUCCGUCCUCGGCUUCUUCUUCAUGCUCCAGGACAAGUACUCGUGUGUCUCGAAGCGCAACCACGUCUACAUCGAGUACGUCGCCCCCGAGCCCAAGAAGCACGACGAGGAGGAGGCGUAAGGUGUGGGCGUAGGUAGGCGUGAGGAGCGAUUGGCGUGGAGCAGCCGCCAGCGCCGAGGUGAACUAGUCUGAGCGAUCAGCAAUGGCCCGCCUUCAGGACAGCACGAUUUAUCACUUUUUGUGAACCACAUCUUAUAAUUUAAUCAUGCAUACUUGAGUUUCA